AUAUGUCUGGGUGUGUGAGUUGGGUGCCACAAAACAUACGGUGAGUCAUUAUGUGUGGAAGUGUAAAUCUGGGUGUGUUCGUGCCAAAGAGUGUAUACAGUAUGUGAUUGUGUGCCUAGAUGAUUUAGUGUCUGUAUAUGACUGGGUGUCAUAGAGUAUAUAGGGGAGUGUGUGCCUGUAUCAUUCUGUAUGCGUGCCUGUGUAUGUGUAGGUGUGUGAGUUGGGUGCCACAGAGUGUGUGUGUGACUGUUUGUCUGGGUCAUUAAGUGGCUGAGUGUGUGCAGUUGUGUGCUAAAGAGUGUAUUUAUGAAUGUGUGCCUGGGUGAUUAUGUGCCUGUGUAUGACUUAGUGUGUGAGUGGGUGCCACAGAGUAUGUGGGUGUGAUGUGAGUAUUGACGCCCAGUAUGUGUUUGUGUGUCUGUAAGCACAGGUGACUGCAUGUGUAGCCGAGACACCUUCUUUCCCGAUGUUGCCAGUUGCUUGUCUGCAGGUCCGACCUUCCCGAGUUGGCAGCAUCCCCAGUCCCAUUCUCCACUGACCGAUCCAGGCGCCGCCUUUCUAGCCAGCAUUGUGUGAGCGACAGCCUGACAGACUAAUGAGGAGGCGGCCGCUGUCUGCCUCCCAGUUACAUAGUCGCAGCCAGCCAGUCGGGUGUCUCUGGGCGGGCCUGAGAUCAUCUCCCCCCUCCUGCACGGUUUAUUGAGAGUUGUAUGAAGAAAUCCAGUUCAGAGGGAAGGAGGGAGGGCUGGUGAGUGCGGCGCUCAGAGGAGAGUAGUACCGAGCGCAUCUUCUGCUUCUAUUCAUCUGGGGAUUUUUAUUGCAACUGUCAGCCCCGCAGCUGCGAUAGCUCCACAUCCUCCAACCCUAACCUCAACUAUCGCAACUUGCGGCACUUGGGCUCCGGUGGCUGAUUAUAAUGUAACACAUUGAAAUGCUCCUGAUCCUCGAUGGGGAAUGUAACCGGCUGCUGGAUGUGUCCGAGUGGAUAUGUCGCUGCAUCUCUCUGCACUGCUGGAUCUGCCGGGAAACUGAGCGAUUUGUGUCCCCUCGGAGUUGCUCAUUCACCCUCCUAAGGAAACGUCUGGGUUUGGGAUUGGCAAACUGCUAGUGAUUGCUUUCUGCCAGCAACUAUUGGAUGCUUUCCCGAAUCCACAGGGACCGAAUGGAAAGUACAGCAUAGAAGUUCUAUCUGAAAUGUUUGCCUUUUUUUUUAUUCUCCUGUGUCUUCUCCCGUGAUGUAAAUGUUAGUGUGGGUGAGUACUAUGAAGGCUCUGGCUGCAUCUACCUGCCUAGAUCACUCUGAUGGAACUAAUCGCAUGCAUCAGCCUCCCCACCGACGAAUGCAGCUGCGACUAGUGCUUAGGAACUGGCCAGUCUGAGCAAACUCCCUGCUUGGGGUGCAACUCUACUUCAGCUAUUAACCAAUACAGUGUACGAGUAUUAACUCUUUGGAGGGCCAAUUUCUAUUAGAGGAGCAAUGGUUUCAUUUGUAUUCCGUUAUUUCCCUGCUGAGCCGGCGGCUACGCUUUAACUGGAAUCUGGAUUGGAACCCAGUCGCUUCUGCUGACUCCAAUUAGAAAUGAGAUGUAAGACGUCCCCAUGCACGCCUCCUCUUCCUCAGUGACAUUUAACUCCAGAAAAAUCCGAGCAAACCCAUGACCAUGAACCUAAGGGAUUUUUACCUGUUGGCUGCUCUUAUUGCCUGCUUAAGGCUGGAUUCUGCCAUCGCCCAAGAACUUAUUUAUACCAUCAGAGAGGAACUGCCUGAAAAUGUGCCCAUAGGGAAUAUACCAAAGGAUCUGAAUAUCUCCCACAUCAAUGCAGCCACUGGAAGCAGCACCAGCCUCGUCUACAGACUGGUCUCUAAAGCGGGGGACUCUCCACUGGUCAAGGUGUCCAGCACCACCGGAGAAAUCUUCACCACCUCCACCAGGAUAGAUCGAGAGAAACUAUGUGCCGGCUCCUCUUAUCCGGACGAAAAUGAGUGUUUUUUUGAACUUGAAGUAGUUAUACUCCCCAAUGACUUUUUCAGACUCAUCAAGAUAAAGAUAAUCGUCAAGGAUACCAAUGAUAACGCGCCUAUGUUCCCAUCUACCGUCAUCAAUAUAUCCAUACCCGAGAACACUCUCAUUAACAGCCGCUUUCCCAUCCCAUCAGCAGUGGAUCCCGACACAGGCUUCAACGGCGUCCAGCACUAUGAGUUAUUAAACGGCCAGAGUGUAUUUGGCUUGGAUAUUGUGGAAACACCGGAGGGGGAGAAGUGGCCGCAGCUUAUUGUCCAGCAGAACUUGGACAGGGAACAGAAAGAUACUUAUGUGAUGAAAAUCAAAGUGGAGGACGGUGGGACCCCUCAGAAAUCCAGCACUGCCAUCCUGCAGGUUACAGUGAGCGAUGUCAAUGACAACAAGCCAGUAUUUAAGGAAAGUCAAGUGGAGGUCCACAUCCCAGAAAAUGCUCCCAUUGGGACUUCAGUCGUUCAGCUGCACGCGACUGACGCCGACAUAGGAAGCAAUGCCGAAAUCAAGUAUAUCUUUGGGGCCCAAGUGACUUCUCCUACCAAAAGACUUUUUGCUUUAAACAACACCACCGGGCUCAUCACGGUGCAGAGGCCAUUGGACCGGGAAGAGACUGCGGUGCACAAGUUAACUGUCCUGGCGACUGAUGGCAGCUCCACCCCUGCCAGGGCAACACUUACAAUCAAUGUGACCGAUGUGAACGAUAACCCGCCUAACAUUGAUCUCAGGUAUAUCAUAAGCCCCAUCAAUGGCACAGUCUACUUAUCUGAGAAGGAUCCCAUCAACACAAAGAUCGCCCUCAUUACCGUUUCGGAUAAAGACACCGACGUGAACAGCAAGGUGAUCUGCUUCAUCGAGAGAGAGGUCCCCUUUCACCUGAAAGCCGUCUAUGACAACCAGUAUUUGUUAGAAACGUCUUCCCUGUUGGACUACGAGGGCACUAAAGAAUUCAGCUUUAAAAUAGUGGCAGCUGACACAGGGAAGCCCAGCCUGAAUCAGACAGCCCUGGUGAGAGUAGAGUUGGAGGAUGAGAACGACAACCCCCCGAUCUUUAACCAGCCUGUCAUUGAACUGUCAGUUUCUGAAAACAAUCGCCGCGGCCUCUACUUGACCACUGUUAGUGCAUCUGACGAAGACAGCGGCAAGAACUCGGAUAUAGUUUAUCAGCUCGGCCCCAACGCCUCCUUUUUCGAUCUGGACCGAAAAACGGGCGUCCUGACAGCUUCUAGGGUGUUUGACAGGGAAGAGCAGGAGCGAUUUAUCUUCACUGUCACCGCCAGAGACAACGGCACUCCCCCACUUCAGAGCCAAGCCGCAGUCAUUGUCACCGUCCUGGACGAGAACGACAACAGCCCCAAAUUUACUCACAACCACUUUCAGUUUUUUGUCUCGGAGAAUUUGCCCAAGUACAGCACCGUGGGGGUUAUAACAGCCACUGACUCCGACGCAGGGGAAAACAAGGCGGUCACCCUCUCCAUUCUCAAUGACAAUGAGAACUUUGUGCUGGAUCCCUAUUCCGGAUUAAUCAAAUCCAACGUUUCCUUUGACAGAGAGCAGCAGAGCUCGUACACGUUUGAUGUCAAAGCGGUGGAUGGAGGUCAGCCUGCAAGAUUCUCCACCGCCAAAGUCACCAUUAAUAUAAUGGACGCUAAUGAUAACAGCCCAGUAGUUAUCUCUCCACCGUCCAACACAUCCUUUAAGCUGGUGCCUCUGUCAGCCAUACCAGGUUCUGUGGUCGCCGAGGUGUUUGCUGUGGAUACUGACACUGGCAUGAACGCUGAGCUGAAAUACACCAUUGUGAGUGGAAACAAUAAAGGCUUGUUUAGGAUUGACCCUGUAACCGGUAACAUUACUCUAGAGGAAAAGCCAAGUGCAGCAGAUGUGGGCCUUCACCGCCUGGUGGUCAACAUCAGUGACUUGGGCUACCCCAAGCCCUUACAUACUCUUGUCCUGGUCUUCUUAUAUGUCAAUGAAACAGCUGGCAAUGCCUCUUAUAUUUAUGACUUGAUAAGGAGGACUAUGGAAACCCCACUAGAUCGCAACAUUGGAGACAGCAGCCAGCCUUACCAGAAUGAGGAUUAUCUGACCAUUAUGAUCGCCAUUGUGGCAGGAGCUAUGGUGGUGAUAGUGGUGAUCUUUGUCACCGUGCUGGUGAGAUGUCGCCAUGCCUCCAGGUUUAAGGCAGCCCAGAGGAGCAAACAAGGAGCAGAGUGGAUGUCACCCAACCAGGAGAACAAGCAGAAUAAGAAAAAGAAAAGGAAGAAAAGGAAAUCUCCCAAGAGUUCCCUGUUGAACUUUGUGACUAUUGAGGAGUCUAAACCAGAUGACACUGUACAUGAACCCAUCAACGGGACAAUUAGCCUUCCAGCUGAGCUGGAGGAACAAGGGAUAGGACGUUUUGACUGGGGUACAGCUCCACCAACCACCUUCAAGCCCAACAGCCCUGACCUAGCAAAGCAUUACAAAUCUGCCUCUCCGCAGUCCACUUUUCACCUAAAAGCUGACACCCCAGUAUCUGUGAAAAAGCACCAUGUGAUUCAGGAACUUCCUUUGGACAACACCUUUGUUGGGGGUUGUGACACCCUCUCCAAACGCUCUUCCACUAGUUCAGAUCACUUCAGUGCCUCAGAGUGCAGUUCCCAGGGAGGCUUCAAGACUAAAGGUCCCUUACACACCAGACAGAAUUCGGCACCAGGGACUGGUGGGAAGACUCUAUCUCCAUGCAGAGUACCCUGUGGUCUCCCCUCUGGUGUCCCCACUGUUCACUGCAACUGCCUUGCUUGUACUUCGACUUUGUUGCACACUCCCAGCGACUAUGGAAAACUCAUUUAUAGGACUGAUGCUGCUCCGUCACUAGCCACAGACACCUUUUCACCGACCCUGGUUAUUUCUGUUAGGGGGCAAGACGUACCGUUACAUGAGAUACUGAAUGCUUCUUGUGACAACAGUGCUAUGCAGUCCCAGCGCCGUGUUACAUUUCACCUCCCUGAUGGUUCCCAAGAAAGCUGCAGUGACAGUGGUUUAGGAGACCAUGAUCCUGUGGGUAGCGGAACUCUGAUCUCACAUCCUCUUCCUCUGGUUCAGCCACAGGAUGAAUUCUAUGACCAAGCUUCCCCGGACAAGAGGACUGAAGCAGAUGGUAACUCUGACCCCAACUCUGAUGGACCACUUGGCCCCAGAGGAUUAGCUGAAGCUACUGAAAUGUGUACUCAAGAAUGUUUAGUGCUCGGACACUCUGAUAACUGUUGGAUGCCCCCAGGUCUUGGUCCUUAUCAACAACCAAAAUCACCUCUUUCCACCUUUGCACCUCAAAAAGAUUGGCCUACUAAGGACAGAUUAGUUAAUGGGCACACAUUGACAAGAAACUGGAAAGAAGAAAGCAACCAAUUCAACAAUCGAAACCAAUAUGGGAGUAGUGAUGGACAUUUUACAAGUGGAAAUCAUACAAGUGACAUUCCUUUGGCUAAUUUGAAGCCCUAUAAGCAAGUCUCAGGUGCUGUGGAUAGCCCAAAGGAACAGCAACUAUAAACAAUUUUUGGACUAGUGACUUUAGCCAAACUAGAUUUGCUAAUAAUGUGUGUCAGAGCUUAAUGUACUGAGUAGACCUCUAGAAGAACUAUGCUUCGUAUACAAGAAUAUGCAUACUUUUGUGUUAACGCCAUUGGAAAUGUGGUGUUUUACUCUAUGUGAAUAAAAUAUUUUUCAAUGUGUGGAUAUAUUUUGGUGAACUGGGUUGACUUUUUCCCUUUCUUUUUUGUUAUAAUUAUUUUACCCUGGACUGCUGCUAAAGACUGCAGGAAACAUUUUACUAGAAAGGUGUAGGGGGAUCUAUUUGGAUUGUUGUAGUUGGAAGCAGAUCAAAUUAGAUGAAUUGUGGUCUUGUUGUUGUUAAUAUGUGCUGGAACAGUUAUACUUGACAUCAUAUUUUCAAAAUAAACCAGCUAAAUCUAUACAAUUAAACCUAUAGUGCUAUUAAUAAUGUUAGUGGACACUUGUAUGUCAAAAAAGUGUUUCAAAUACUUGUAAAUAGAAACAAGUUAAUACUAACAGCUUUUCUGUACGUAUAAAAAAAAGUUCUAUUAUAUACUGUAGCAUACAUUUGUGUCAAAGUUGCAUUUGAUUACUUUGCUUUAUUGGGUUUUCACGUUUUCUCAGUGUUGAGUGUUUCAGUGUUUUUGUCCAACAUAUAAUAUUCCAACUUCCUCAAAACACUUGUGUUAAUGUCUAGAAGAUCAUGCUUUUGUGUGGUAGAGAAGUAUGCUGACCUUUUAGCAAUGACAAACUGUUCUCUCAAAUUAGCAUUUUUUAAAAAUAUAAGGUAUCCUUUAUUUUGUGCAGCAGGCAUACCUGAUUCCGAUAUUAAUAAAGGAAACUAGCUAUAUUUUAACAAUUAUAUAUCAAUAUCUCUUACAGUUGAAACUGAUUGUUACCUAAAAAUAAAAUUAAUUCCAUAUCUGAAUUAUCUGUAAAAACAGUUUAGAUUGCUGAUAUGACAGCUUUUGUUGCUUGUGUAUCAUUAUAACACAAGUGUUUUCAACCAUAUCCGCAAAAUAUAUAAUGUGUCGUAGCCAUAGUGUAUAAGAACAUACUCUUAGAAGACCUUUUGGCAGGUAUGGUUAUUUAACUUUUUUAUUAUUAUGUACUGCUAAUUAAAUAUUAUUUGUCAAUUCCUGACAAAAAAAAUAUAUCUUUUUCACAUGAUUGUUGGUCAGAAUGGAAUUCCCAUGUUCAUAGGUUCUCAGUUGCACGCAGACAUAAACUGGAACAUCCUAUCAAAGUUUUUGUUUAGGCAUGAUGGAAGAUUAAAGCAACUAAUUAGCAUGCACAGUUCCUUACAGAAAAAAAUAUUAUGCCACGGUUAAAUAUAUUUGUUUUUAUUUCGGUAAUUGGAUGGUUAUAUUUUUCCCAAAAUAUUGUGUUUAGCAACUCACAUUCUUAUCCACAAUGUAGGCGUGAAAAGGGGGCAGGGUGCAUUGCUUAUUGCAGUUCUUUGUUGGUUUGUGAGGGGUGUUUGAUUAUGACAGAAUAUGUAUCUAAACAGUUAUCCUCGUUACUGCUUUGCCAGAUCAACGUUAUUUACAGUUAUUUAGCUCUUGCAAUAAAUGUUUUAAAAUCUCAAA